AUGAAAGCCCUACUGCAGUGUAUAGUAGACCCAUGGGGUAUUGCUUGGCGAUGCUGUGGGUCGCCUCGGCAGAGUCCGAAUCCUGUUCUUCUGCGCGACUUCAAUCGUGAGAAAACCAUCGAAUCCAUCAUGGCAGAAAAGUCGAAGAAUCCUUUCGAGCAUAUGGGAGAUGACCAGGCAUCCACCUCUGCCGAAGCCCCCGUAACGAAUACUCGUGAUCCAGCUGCUGGCGAUUCAGCUCCCCCACCAUACACCCCGGUCUCCGAGACUCUGGGGCAGGCAUCAUCCUCAUCAAUCCCAGUACAAGCAUCGCAGUCUCAGCGAGAUCGGCCAAUCGCAAUCCCAGCUAUUAAUUCUUCUUUCGACUCCCCCUUUAUCCGCGCCUAUGCCCCCAUCCUGACAGAUUACCAGCUCCCCCGCGAAUCUUUUCUCAGGUUUCUCGACCAGCUGAACAAAGAUGUCGCCAGCAGUCCCCCGCUGCAGGUACUCGAUGCCACAGGCGGAAUCAUCAAUUCUGUGCCUCUGCUGUUCCCACUGCGCUGGCUCGGCUCGGCGGUCAGUGGGCUUGCAAAUCUCGGCAGCCAAGGGGUUUCCAAAAGCCGCACCGACAGCUCUAUCCGUCAGGCCAACAGAGACAUCUUCGGUCCCAGGGGCCUGAAAGUCGAGAUUGCCAAGCUAGAUGCACUUGCACAUGUAGCCAAUAUCCCUAUCCUCGACUCCCAGGGCAAAGUCAAUCGACAGGCGCCUCUUCUGCAACAGCUUCUGGCAGAGAACCCCGCCCCUACACUUGGGGGCUCGCCUGAGCUGGAUGCACAACAACAACGGAUUGCCAUCCUGCAGCCGUGGAUUGCCGAGCUUGAAUUCAAUGUUCUGCCAUGGACUUCCAAGUCCAAGCUGACUCGCUUCAAUACGGCGCUGAAAAAGAGAAAUGACCCUGAAGGGGAGCAAACCAGGGCGAAUGACGAAGAUUCAGGAUUUCGCAAGUGUCUCUGGCUGAUUAUCCGAGAUGUCGAGGGUCGUGGGAAAGCCAAGUGA